AUGUUCAAUUACUUCUUUUAUUUAUUAUUGGUCGCAAUCCCAUUGGGAUUCCUCUAUUACUUCUUCAUAAUUAAGCCAGACAUCACUUAUAAGGGUGCCUUGCAGAAGGCCUCGACAAAGGUGCAACCACAGCUCACACAGCAGCAGCAACAGCAGCAGGCACUACAGAACAAGAAGAAUGCUCAGCUGCAAUCGGCUGCCAACAAUAAGAAGUCUGUUAACAAGACCAAGGUCUCAGCCACUGUUGCCAAGCCACAGGCUGCUCAGACUCAGACUCAGACUCAGACUACUCAGCCACAACAGCCGGCACCAGUUGCCAAGCCAGCUGCCACCACCACCACCCCAGCAGCAUCAACAACACAACAACAGCCAGCCAAGAAGGUUGAGCAGCAGCAACAACCAGCUAAGAAGGUCGAGCAGCAGCAGCCAGCCAAGAAGGUUGAGCAGCCAGCAAAGGUUGAGGCCAAGACUGCCCCAGCCCCAGCUGCCACCAAGAAGGACAACAAGAAGUCCACUCCAGCAACCACAACCACCACAACUACCACAACUACCACAGCACCACAACAACAACAACAGCCAGCCAAGAAGGUCGAGCAGUCACAGCCAGUGGCCAUGGAUAUCCCAGUAAAGAAGCCCGCCACAACCACCAAGCCAGCUCAGAAGCCCGCCCCAGUAGCCGUCGCCACACAGCCAAAGAAGCACGUUGAGGAGAAGGUUGACUUUUCGUCUGGCUGGCAGGAGGUCAAGUCACAGUCGAGCAUCUUUGAGAAGUUGGCCAGCGCCAAGCAGCGUCUGAGCCAGGCUGAGGCCGACCUCGAGAGAGAGCGCGAUGAGAAUAAGCUCAAGAUCGAUAUGCAGGCCGACCAGCUUGUAAAGUUGCGCGUGGCCAAGGAGGCCGCCGAGGCCCGCCUCGCCGAGAGGAUUAAGCAGCUGGAGCAGCAGGUGCAAAGUGGCCAGCCCGCCGCCGCAUCCGUUGACAACACCCUGCAACAGUAUAACUACGCCGCCAACAUUGCACAGCGCGACCCCGUCCGUGAGGAGGCCCUCAAGAAGGAGAUCGCCGAGCUGAGCGCCAAGCUGCCCGCACUCGAAGAGGAGAUCAUCAAGCUCCAGAACGAGAAAGACAUCUUCCUGCGCCAGGGAACGUCGUUCAGCGACAACAUCCUCGCGUUGCAAAGCGACAACAAGUCCAAGGACGCCCAGAUCAACGACCUGUUGCUCAAGCUCAAGGAGGUCGAGGCACAGGAGCAGCUCGACGACAAGAUGGCCUCGCACGAGGUCGCCGAGAAGAACUUCCAGAUCGAGAAGCUCCGUGAUCAACUUGAGGAGCUCAAGACUGGACGCCAGGAUGCUUUGGAGAAGGAGAAGGCACUCGUCGCCGAUCUGACCAGCCAGCUGACGCAGCUGAAGCAGUCGGUCGUCGAGAGCGGUCACACAUCUGCCGAGCUCGAGAAGCUGCGCGUCAACGAGCAGCAGCUGCACAAGUCCAUUGAGGAGGUCAAGCAGCAGCUCGAUGCCAAGACCGCCGAGAUUGAGAAGUUGUCCGCCGAGAACACCACCGUCAACGAUCAGAUCACCGACUUGAAGACACAACUAAGCGCCAAGGACACCGAGCUGAGCGGACUCAAGGCUCAGGGCUCCAGCGUCAACGACCAGAUCACCGAUCUCAAGGCACAGUUGAGCGCCAAGGACACCGAGAUCAACGGACUCAAGACUGAGGGCUCCACCGUUAACGACCAAAUCACCGACUUGAAGACACAACUGAGCGCCAAGGACACCGAGUUGAAUGAGCUCAAGUCUCAGGGCUCCAGCGUCAACGAUCAGAUCACCGACUUGAAGGCACAACUGAGCGCUAAGGACACCGAGCUGAAUGAGAUCAAGUCUCAUGGCUCGAGCGUCAACGACCAAAUAACCGACUUGAAGAGCCAAGUGGAGAGAUUGAACGCCGACAACACUACGGUCAACGGACAGAUCACCGACUUGAAGCAAACCGUCUCGCAGAAACAGAGCGAGCUGGACCACUUGAACACACAGCACAACGAACUAAAGAAUCAACUCGCAGCAAAGGACGAGCAAUUGAACAGAGCACACGCAGAGAGUGGCAGCAACAGCCAGCAGACUGAGCAGUUGGUCGCUGAUCUUCGUGCCCAGCUGGCCGCCAAGGACGACCACAUCAAGUCGAAGGAGUCAGAGCACUGCUCCCACGUCGACUCUAUCAAGAACGAACACAGCAGCGUGUUGGAUCAGCUGCGCAACACAUUGGAGCAGGCCGCCUCUGCCGCCAAGAGUGAGCUGAUGGACGAGGUCGAGAGGAUCAAGUCGGCGCUCACCGGCAAGGAGGAGUCGAUCUGCCAGCUGGAGGCCCAGCACGGACAGACCAACGAGAAACAACAGCAACAGAUUCGUGACCUUGAGAAGAGGAUCGAGGAGUUGCAGCAUCAGCAUCAGCAUCACAACGACGAGAACAAUGUAAAACUAAACGGCAAUGCAAAGUCGAACGAGAUCCAGGAGCUCCAGGACCGUCUGGACGAGGAGAAGGCGCGCAGCCAGGUCAUCAGCCAGCAGCUGGACCAGCAGAAGGCAAACAUCGACAACAAGGACAAGGAGUUGCAAGAGUCCCAACACAGCUACUCUGCGUUGAAGGUGCAGUUUGACGAGUUGGCCCGCGAGAAGCAAACAACCGAGAAGAGACUGGAGAUCACCAAGAACCUUUUGGAUCGUCUUAGAAAUGAGAGCAAUCCACAACAACAACCAGUAACAUCAUCAUAA